AUGAUUUUAAAUGGAAUCAAUGAAGACAAAAGAAAAGUGGUGCUGUUAGUUAACCUCAUCGGUAUUACGGCACUAGUAAUUGUACAUACUUUAGGUUCGUCUGAUAACUUAUUAAAUGUUAAUAGUUUUCUAUGCACUGUAUUUAAUUUAAUUAACUUUUCUGCUUUGAUAGAUUUGAAAUAUAAUUGCACGGACUUUCAUCAUCUUUCUGAUAACAUCAAGAAACAAUUAUGUCGAAAUAACGAAGAAUUAAAAAUUGCAUUUAAACCGAUCAACAAGAUCAAUAAAUAUUUCACAAAAUUGAAAGACAAAGUUGGAGAAGAAGAACAAACAAAUGUCAUAUAUGAGAUAAAAUGUGAAUGUGGUCGCUCAUAUGUCGAGAAUCCUGAAGAUGAACCAAUACGGUGUUCGAAACUAGUCGAGAAAUAA